AUGGCGCUCUCCUUGUGCCGUGACGAGGUGAACUGGCUGGUGCGUCAUGCUGAGCAUGUCACCAGGACCAAGACCCCUGAGGACUACGUCGACAGGGCAGGGCAGGGCCAGGCUUGCAGGAGGCGUCACAUCGCCGAGCUGCUCUUCCUCAUGGAGCAGCUGCGUACCCUGGUGCACAGGCAUGGCCCAGUGAUCCAGCGCUACCACGUCCAGUACCUGGCUCGCUUCGAUGCCCUGCUGCUCAGCGAUAUCAUCCAGAAUCUGACCGUCUGCCCCGAGGAGGAGUCCAUCAUCAUGUCGUCCUUCGUCAGCACCCUGUCAUCUCUCACCCUGAAACAAGUGGACAAAAAGGAGAAGUUCGACUUCUCGGGGCUUCGCCUGGACUGGUUCCGGCUGCAG